GCCCAGAUGGAAAAGUUUUUCAUCUAUUUCGAAGCAAUGACCUAACAUCAGCGUGAUGAGUGUGAUGUGAAAGCUGGUCGCUGAAGAGGGAAGCUCAAAGGGAAAGUUCAUCUGGGAUGCCGACGGUUAUUUCUGAACUGUGGAUGCAAACGGAGUAAGAAAAGCCAUGGGGAGGCUGGUGUUUGUUGGUCCCCUCAUCCUGUUUUGUCUGGUGCUGAUGGCAGCUGAAGGAAAAAAUUGCGUGUGCGGAAGGUCAGGAUGCUACUGUGGAGGAAUAAAGGGCAGCAGGGGAGACAGAGGUUUUCCAGGAGAUCCGGGUCCCCCUGGCCUACAGGGUCGUCCGGGCCCAGAUGGUCCCGCUGGGCCGAUUGGGCCAAAGGGCAACACUGGGCGUAGUGGCCCCGAAGGACCUAAAGGCGAUCAGGGACCUGAAGGCAAAGAGGGUUUCGCUGGGUCACAUGGCUUACCGGGUGAUCCAGGCUUACAAGGUCCGCCGGGGCCUCCAGGGGCCCCGGGUUGCAACGGAACAGACGGAAAAGAUGGAUUUCCUGGCUUCCCUGGGCCUCCUGGUAUGGAUGGACAUCCAGGACCACCAGGUUUGCCCGGACCGAAGGGUGACUCUCAGAUAUCAGAUGAUUCACAACCUGGACCACGUGGGCCACCUGGACAAGAUGGAUAUCCGGGACAUUCUGGAUUACCUGGAGAACCUGGAGUACAGGGGGACCCAGGGCCACGUGGACCCACUGGGUUUCCUGGUCCUAUUGGGGCUGCAGGAUCUAAGGGUCAGGAAGGCAUAAGUGCUAUCGCAGGACCUCGUGGACCAAGGGGAGAACCAGGCCCACGCGGCCCACCGGGCCCACCAGGCCGGAUUAAGAUGUUUUUAACAGAGAGCUCUUUGUUAAACGCUGUAAAGGGAGACAGAGGAGAUGAAGGAGAAAAAGGCUGUAGAGGUGAACCAGGAGACCCCGGCAAUGGCUAUUACAUAAAGGGAGCGAAGGGAGACAAAGGACUGCCGGGUCCAGAAGGAAAGCUUGGGAAGGACGGUGAUCCUGGACGAGCUGGACCUAGGGGGAGGCCCGGGCCCAGAGGUGAUAUUGGAUAUCCAGGGACACAAGGAGGAGCGGGUGAAAAGGGAGAUAGGGGCCUGCCCGGUCCACCUGGAGAUAAAGGGUAUGUGACUGAGCCAGUCAAGGGAUACAUGGGAGAUCCUGGUCCUCCAGGCCGACCUGGGAUACCUGGACGUCCAGGUGUUGUGGGAUUUCCUGGCCCGGACGGACCUCCAGGGCUUGCAUCUGUGCCAGGCCCACAGGGUCCCACUGGCUUUCCAGGUCCCAAAGGGGAUCCUGGUGAGCCUGGGGAUGUUUAUAUAGGCCUACCAGGAAGAGAUGGAGAUCCUGGAAAUCAAGGGCCUCCUGGGGAUCAGGGCCCACCUGGACCUCCUGAAGACAGAACUAAUCAGAUUAUCAAAGGCCUUCCAGGAAUGAAGGGAGCGAGGGGAGGCCCUGGACCUGUGGGGUAUGAUGGGCCGUUUGGAAUGAAAGGAGAGAAAGGGGAGCCCUGUUAUGAGUGUUCCGGAUCAGGAUUCCCAGGACCACCAGGUCCACGUGGUCAACCUGGUGUUCCUGGCUAUGAUCAAAGACCAGGUGAUAAAGGAGAUCCAGGCUAUCCAGGACCAAAAGGAUUACCCGGGGCACCUGGUCCGAUUGGUCAGCCAGGAUUCCAAGGUCCACCAGGAGUGAAGGGUGAAUCAUAUUCCUAUAACACUGCAGGAUUAAAGGGAGCAAAAGGAGACCGAGGACAACCUGGCAGGCCUGGUGUAGAUGGCUUCCAUGGGUCACCUGGUUUCCCCGGUCGCAAAGGAGAUCAAGGUCUUCCAGGGGAUUCAUAUCCCAUCCCAAGUGCAGAAGAUGAUCGAGGUUUCCAAGGUCCAAAAGGGCCUUUAGGAAGACCAGGACCAGUUGGCUAUCCUGGACCAGUGGGAUAUGGACCUGCUGGAUUUCCUGGAAAUAAAGGAGAACCUGGAGUGCCUGGCCUGCCAGGAUCCCCUGGAAUCCCAGGCCAAAAAGGGGAACCUAGCCAAUUCCACCUCAAAGGAAUUCGUGGCCCACCGGGAAUGAAAGGUCUGCCUGGCUCUCCGGGAAACCCAGGUUUUCCAGGGACACCAGGUAGGCCAGGAACGCUGGGUUUACCAGGACAAAAAGGAGAAAGAGGGGACAUAUCAUUUCCUGGAAGUCCGGGUAUACCAGGAACAAAAGGUGAUAAGGGAAAGCCAGGUCUUCCAGGAAGUCCAGGUAUUGGUAACAGCGGUCAGCCAGGUCCACCAGGCCCUCCUGGUGAUCCAGGACUGAAGGGUGAUAGUGGCCAAGGAUACCCUGGCACCCCCGGAGCCCCAGGGCCUCCAGGUGACAAAGGAGCUCUGGGGCAGCUAGGGGAUCCUGGGAACCUUGGCAGACCUGGGGAACUGGGUCCAGCUGGCAAUCCUGGUUUUCCAGGAGAAAAAGGAAGAAAAGGUUCUAGAGGGCCCCCAGGACUACCUGGUAGCAAAGAGUCAUGUAUUGCUUUGACUGGACUUCCAGGACCACCAGGACCAGAUGGUCAUCCAGGACAUCCAGGAUCUGAAGGCUCGCCUGGAGUUAAGGGAAAUAAAGGUCAACCGGGGUUUGGUCGUCCUGGCCCUCCUGGUGUUGCUGGUGCCCCUGGUUUAUCAGUCCCUGGCUCUCCUGGGCUCCCUGGACCAAAAGGAAUCAAGGGUAGAAGUGGCCUACCCGGUGAAGCAGGACUAAGAGGGGAACCUGGACCAGAUGGGAUAUCACCAAAUGGGCCUCAAGGAUUGCCUGGAGUUAUUGGACCACCAGGACAAAUUGGUGACCCUGGCCGAGACGGAGCCAAAGGUUUACAGGGUGAUCGAGGAAUGAUUGGGGAACCAGGCCCCAUGGGAGAAAGAGGACCUUCAUCACCACCAGUCAACUUUACUGGGCCACCUGGAGACUCUGGCGAAGAAGGUCCGCCUGGUCUAGCUGGUAUGCGUGGAGAUCCUGGAAACACGGGACCAAAAGGACAAAGAGGAAGACAGGGAGUACCUGGUGGUCCUGGACAAAUAGGCCCCCCAGGUGCUCCAGGUAUUGAUGGAUCAGUGGUCUCUCAAGGAAUCGAAGGACCUCCUGGAGGCUUAGGAGACACAGGACUCAGAGGUCGUCCAGGGCACAAGGGAAUAAAAGGGGAUCCAGGAUUCCCUGGAAGGCCAGGUCUAGAUGGUGCCCCAGGUCCAACUGGUUACAAAGGCAUCAAUGGCGAGCCAAACUACAAUGGGUAUGGUCCACCUGGUCCAGUAGGACAGAAGGGUGAACCCGGAUUAAGCAGUGCUAAUAUGAUGAAGGGUCAGAAAGGGGAACCUGGGAUCCCAGGGCCAGAAGGUCUACCAGGAAAUCAUGGAGCCAAAGGAAACCUGGGAUUUCCUGGAGGACCUGGUUUACUAGGCAACCAAGGGCCAAGUGGUUCAGACGGCCCUCAAGGAAGCAAAGGACGUACAGGACCUGAUGGACGACCAGGUAACACAGGUCCACCGGGUGUAAGAGGUUAUCAAGGUCCAAAAGGCAACCAGGGCAGGGAUGGAUUCCCUGGGCCACGAGGGGAGAAAGGAGACACUCUCAUAAUAGGAGGGACACCUGGAAAGCGCGGUGAAACAGGUCAACCAGGUCCUCCUGGAGACCCUGGCCCUCCAGGAUUGCCUGUUAGAUCAAAUCCUGGACUUACAGGGGAUGUGGGAGUUCCAGGUCCACCCGGAAACUUAGGUCCAAGAGGACCUCGAGGAAGUGAAGGAGCAUGUAUUCCUGGGCCCAAAGGAGAACGUGGCUAUCUCGGAAUUCCAGGGAGGAUAGGUUAUCCCGGCCUACCUGGCGCUCCAGGACCUGUAGUGGCUGGGUUAAAAGGAAACAAAGGAGACCCAGGUCCCUUAGGAAGCCCAGGUUAUAGUGGGACCCCUGGAGAACCAGGUCCUCAAGGACCACCUGGUCCAAUAGGCAGAGCUGGAGGCCCAGGGCCAAGAGGUGAUUCUGGUCCUCUAGGAAUCCAAGGGCCCUUUGGUGACAGGGGAGACCCUGGAUACAUCCCAGGCCCACCUGGUCCACCUGGGAUAAAAGGAUCUCCUGGACAACCAGGUCCCAAAGGUAGACUGGCAUUAGGUGAAGUGAAAUAUGAACCAGGACUCCCUGGCUUAUCUGGUCCCCGCGGCAAUCGAGGAAUUCCAGGGACCACUGGUCCACCAGGACCACCAGGCCCUCCAGGUCAGACAGGUGUCAAAGGAGAGCGUGGUUCCAGCCCAUCUGGCCUCCCUGGAUUCACUGGCCAGAAAGGAGACAAAGGAAGAGCAGGAUUUCCAGGACCAGGAGGCACACCGGGAAGCCCAGGCCAUAAGGGUCUUCGAGGUUUGCCUGGCAGAGGUGGCCCAGGUUACACUGACAGCUUCCUGAUAGCCAGACACAGUCAGAGCAGCCAUAUCCCUGAUUGCCCUCCUGGAACCAGUUUAAUCUACUCUGGUUAUUCCUUCCUCUUCAUCAAUGGAAAUGAGCGAGCUCAUGGUCAGGACCUUGGCACCUCGGGGAGCUGUCUCCCUCGUUUCUCCACCAUGCCCUUCCUGUUCUGCGACACAGAAAACACCUGCCGCUACGCUUCUCGUAACGACUACUCGUACUGGUUGUCCACUGACACGCCUAUGCCUGCCAACAUGGUUUCCAUCACAGAGGACCAGUUGACCUCCUAUAUCAGCAGGUGCUCAGUGUGCGAGACCACCUCCAAUGUCAUAGCCAUCCACAGUCAGACAACCCUGACACCGGAAUGUCCCAGAGGCUGGGAAUCCCUAUGGACUGGGUAUUCAUUCAUCAUGCAAACGGGAGCUGGAGCAGAAGGAUCCUCUCAGCCGCUGGUUUCCCCUGGCUCAUGUCUAGAGCAUUUCCGCAAAGUGCCCUUUAUCGAGUGUCACGGCAGGGGGACGUGUAACUACUACCCUGAUUCCUACAGCUACUGGCUGGCCUCUCUCGACCCAGACAGCAUGUUCAGUAAACCAGUUCCUCAGACAGUGAAGGGACCAUCUCUGCGUGUCAUCAGUCGCUGUCGAGUCUGCAGGAAACCAUGGCAACCCUCCACAGAUGACAGACGUGGGGACAAUUAAUGUUAAUUUUUUUUUCUUACACCAUUUAAAGUGUAGGUGAGGUGCUGGUAGUGUGUAACGUUUCAACUGGUGGGUUCAUGAUACAAAUCUUAUGUGUUUAUGUGUUUCAAGUAAAUUGCCAUUUGACAACAGUUGUUUAAAUGUUUUGAUGAUUGAAUAUGAUGCAUGUUUUACCUUAAUGUUUCACGUGUUUCUAUAUUUUUUUAUUAAUAAGACAAGGCAUGACACCUACAAUAGUAUGAAUUUUGUUUUUUCAUGUCACUCACUCACUCACACCCAAGUGUUUCACAUCAUCAAACAAUUUAAAUACUGUUGAUUGUGACAAUGCAUACCUCAGAGCACAACUCUGUCCAUAUUGCAAUUUUCAGAUAACACCAUAAAGUAUCUUUUAAGAUGCAAAUGUCCUGACUUGUGCAAACAACAGACUACUAAUGAAUAACUAACUCACGUGUACUUUUCACUUUUUAUUCCAAAUGACCAGAGAAGGCUGGUGCAGUCCAGUCAAUAAAUGACGUCAGAAAUUAACAGGUUACAAUGACACACAUGCUCCUAUAACAUCUGGACAUUGUAAAUGUGACGCACUUCUGUUAAUAUGCGUUGUUGUGUUUGCACACACGGAGUCAUUUAUUCCCUUCUUUGAAAACAUUAAAGUUUGUGAGUCAUAUUUCCUCUAA